CACUACUAACAAUCGUGCAGACCUUAGUUCCAUGGUAAUACUAGUCAACCCCUCCCCUCUUUCUGGAAACCUUAUUUUCCAAUUGCAACGUGCAAGAAUUCUGCUCCUAUUUCUAGUCGCGGUGCUACGUUAUUCAACGUCGUGAUGCAUGCAGCCUUUUGGAUUCUGCUGAGCGAGCGAGAAUUUUCUCGUCCACAAAAUUUCCUUGUGUUAGGCGAGAACAGACAGACAACACAUGUGAAAUGUCGUGGUAAUAGUUUAGUACUCGUUCUUCGUACGUUCAAGAUGCAACAAUGGCAAGUAAACUCGCUAAUCGUCUGCAGUUAAACUGACUGACGCGCCGCGUGCAGGACAGUGAGAACGCGCGGCUGGAGCGAGUCCUGGGGGCAGCGGCCAUGGCGAACGACACGGUGAUCCUGACGACGCUGAACUCGGCGUGGUCGGAGCCCGGCUCGGUGCUGGACGUCUUCCUCGAGAGCUUCCGGAUCGGCGAGAGCACCAGGGAGCUCCUGGACCACCUCGUCAUCGUGUCGCUGGACAUGACGGCGCACGCGCGCUGCAAGCGGGCACACCGGCACUGUUUCGCGCUCGUCACGGACGGCGUGGACUUCUCGGGGCAGAAGAACUUCAUGACCGACGGGUACCUCAAGAUGAUGUGGAGGAGGAUCGAUUUCCUCAGGCAAGUUCUUGAGAAAGGCUACAGCUUCAUUUUCACGGUACCACGGAACUGCAGUCUUAAGAAACUAGAGCAGACAAGUGAUUAGUUCAGGACAUGGAGGAUGUAAGAAAAUGUGGGAAGCGUAUAUGUUCCUUUUUGUACCGUAUGUAAGAAAAUGUGAAAAUGCCGGCUGCCCUUGUGAAUCAUUCGCACAUUCUAACUCCUUAGUAACUUCAGGAAAUAUACAAAAGCUGUUGACUGAUGUCUUUCCA